AUGGACUAUUCUUCAGUAAAGACACGGGAUCCGCCUCAAGACGGCGUAUCAGAUCGCCUGAUUAAGGAGGAUCCCUCUCGACAAACAACAACUCUGCUCAAAGACGAAGGCGCACGUCUUCCCAAGCGGCUAGGCUCCGCCGACGCCAUCCUGCAGUUCGUGCUGGAUAUCUCGUUGACAGUUCCGGCGGUAUGCUUCUUGACUUACGGAUUCAUGGUGCUGUGCAACAAUGGCGUCCCCGUCAACCAGAACCCAGUUCCCGCGCUGCAUAUGGCCGCGAAGUAUAGCCCGACCUUGUUUCCGAUUGCCUUUUCCGCCAUCGCCACCAACCUUCUGAAAGCGACAGCCGCCUGGAGGCUCGAGAAGGGAAUCACGAUCCUAAGCCUGGAAUACCUCCUCAAGUGCCGAAACGUCUUCAGCGCGGUCACUGCCCCGCUGUCGCUUCAGGCCGUCAACCUCAUUACACCACUCUUGAUUGUCCUCUGGGCAUUGUCGCCUCUCGGUGGCCAGGCUGCCUUGCGUGUCAUGGAUACCGUCCCGUCGACGGCGGCAGAGUCUUGGCCUUUCGAGUACUUGGAGUUCAUGUCCCCGUUUCGACACUCGGGCGCCGGCAGUUCGGCUGGUUAUGUAGUCAUGCCCUCUAUUCAAGCGGCGUUCGCCGCCGCGUUGUCGAGCCCGAUGGACGCCAAAACGAAGUCCCAGGAUCUAUUCGGCAAUAUCAAGAUCCCGAUGGUAGAGCAUUACCAACAAUCAAGCCAGGCAUCCGACCUCGACGGCUGGUACGAAGUGAACACGGGGCCCAACACCAGCCCCAUCUGGUCAUCGCUCAUCGGCCUUCCUGCCACUUCUCUUGAUGGGUUCUCUCCGGGCUCAAACUACUCGUUCAAGAUGGAGACUUCCUAUAUGAGUGCUAAUUGUUCCACUCAGCAUAAACUCAUGAGCUUCAACGAGUGGGGACAAUAUCGCGAUAGCUCGAUUUUCCACAACAAGCGCAAUCUUGCCCUCCAAUACUGGGUCUUUCCCCUGGCUUGGGCUACCGAACCUUUUCCCUUGAUCUUCACAUCGUGGUCCAUGGCGCAAACCACUAACGCCACCUGUAUUCUCAGCCAGGUCUACGCAGAGGUUGACGUUGGAUGUCACGGGUCCGUCUGCGCGCCCAGUCGGAUCCGACGGAUCCCAAAGUCGGAACGCGACUGUUAUCCAUACCGCGGGCCAGCCGGCGUGUUCUUCGCAUACUUCGAAACAUUUGUCCCAUCCGGCCUCUCGCUUUAUGAUCUUCAAGAGCGCCAAAUCAAACCGUUCGCCUCGGCGAUCGAGACCUAUUUCACGGAUCCAUCCGCGCCUUUUUCCGCCCCUGGCAUCAGCUCCUGGAACGGGACCGAUAUGUCCUCCAUCGGAGACGUUGUCUUCUCCCAGAGGUUUUCGCAGCUUCUCAACACGUUCUGGCUUGCGUCGGUGGCCUCGCGUAACGUCACCGGCGCCUUCAACUUUCACGACGAGUUCGACGACGGCACGUACAGAAUCAUCACCCAGAAAGCCACCGGAACAAGAACCCCAGACCUUUUGGUGAUGAGGGUGAACGGCGCCUGGCUAUCGGUGCUUUUCGUGGCAUCUGUAACUAUGCUCGCCGCGGGCAUCUCCGCCGCCAUCCUUGGUUGUCUGAGACGCGGGCCCGACGUGCUGGAUUACUCAACCUUCUUUUUCAGGGACAGCCCCUAUGUUCAUAUGCCGCCUGGCAAAUACCGAUCCAUGGAAGACGCAAGUGAUCAGGUGCGGAGGAUUAGGGAUAUACGUGUUUGCAUUGGGGACGUUGAUCACACUGGGAAUGUUGGACGCCUGGCUUUCGGUUCCGUGGAUGCAGCUGUCUCACUGAGGGCUCAAAAGGCCGAAAGAUAUUAUGUCUGA